UCCCUCCCCACCAUUUCCAAACUCCCAGAUCACCACCACCAUCAGCUCUCCCAUCUUGGAGGAGCUCCCCUCCCUCCUCCUCCCCUCCCCGACACCCACCACCGGCCACCAUGGAACGUGCCAGGAAGCUCGCCCACCGGGCAAUCCUCCGGCGCCUCCUGGCCAACCGCCAACAUCAUGCAACCCAACACCACCAAGCUAGGUACCUCUCCUCCUUCACCUCACCCUCUACCCGCCUCUUCAAUCCCAACUACACCACAAACUCCCCGUGCUCUUCCUUCUCUGGUCGCCGCUCCGUCUCCGUCGAGGCUCUGAAGCCGUCCGACACCUUCCCCCGCCGUCACAACUCCGCCACGCUGGACGAGCAGUCGAAGAUGGCCUCUUCCGUCGGCUUCGACUCCGUCGACGCCCUCAUCGACGCCACCGUCCCGAAAUCGAUUCGGAUCGAGCCUAUGAAGUUCUCCAAGUUCGACGAGGGGCUCACGGAGAGCCAGAUGAUCGCCCACAUGCAGGAGCUCGCCUCCAAGAACAAGAUCUUCAAGUCGUUCAUCGGGAUGGGAUACUACAACACCUUUGUGCCGGCCGUGAUUCUGAGGAAUAUCAUGGAAAAUCCAGGGUGGUACACGCAGUACACUCCUUACCAGGCCGAAAUCGCGCAAGGGAGGCUUGAGUCCUUGCUGAAUUUCCAGACCAUGAUUACCGAUCUCACCGGGCUCCCCAUGUCGAACGCCUCCCUCCUCGACGAGGGCACCGCCGCGGCGGAAGCCAUGUCCAUGUGCAACAGCAUCCAGAAGGGGAAGAAAAAGACGUUCGUCAUCGCUUCGAAUUGCCACCCGCAGACCAUCGACAUCUGCAAGACCCGAGCCGGCGGCUUCGAUCUCGAGGUGGUCGUUUCCGAUCUCAAGGAUAUCAGUUAUGCAUCUGGGGAUGUCUGCGGGGUGCUGGUUCAGUACCCUGGAACAGAGGGAGAGAUCAUCGAUUACUCAGCUUUCAUCGAGAAGGCGCACGCCAGUGGCGUGAAGGUGGUCAUGGCGUCGGAUCUGCUGGCCUUGACAAUGCUUACGCCUCCAGGCGAGCUGGGGGCCGACAUCGUCGUCGGAUCGGCUCAAAGAUUUGGUGUUCCCAUGGGCUAUGGUGGUCCUCAUGCUGCGUUCUUGGCAACGUCACAAGAGUACAAGCGGAUGAUGCCUGGGAGGAUCAUCGGAGUGAGUGUUGAUUCGACGGGGAAGCAGGCCCUGCGGAUGGCAAUGCAGACAAGGGAGCAACAUAUUAGGCGCGACAAGGCCACAAGCAAUAUUUGCACCGCUCAGGCAUUACUUGCAAAUAUGGCUGCAAUGUAUGCAGUUUAUCAUGGACCUGAAGGGCUAAAAGCCAUUGCUGAGCGUGUCCAUGGCCUUGCUGGGACUUUUGCGUUUGGUCUAAAGAAACUUGGAACUGUGACUCCUCCUGAGCUCCCAUUCUUUGACACUGUCAAGGUCAAAUGUGCUGAUUCGCAUGCAAUCUCAGAAGCUGCCAUCAAGCAUGAGAUGAAUUUAAGGGUGGUUGACAAGAACACUAUAACCGUAUCGUUUGACGAAACUACUACUUUGGAGGAUGUUGACAAGCUUUUUGAAGUGUUUGCUGGUGGUAAACCUGUACCAUUCACAGCUGAAUCUCUUGCAGCAGAGGUGCAGGCCAGUAUUCCGCAUGGGCUAGUGCGCAAGAGUGCCUACUUGACCCAUCCAAUUUUUAACAUGUACCACACAGAACAUGAACUUCUUCGCUACCUUCACAGGCUCCAAUCAAAAGAUCUUUCAUUAUGUCACAGCAUGAUUCCGUUGGGAUCUUGUACAAUGAAACUGAAUGCAACAGUGGAGAUGAUGCCUGUUACUUGGCCCAGCUUUGCAGAUAUUCAUCCAUUUGCUCCUUUGGACCAAGUGGCUGGUUACCAAGAAAUGUUCGAUGAUUUGGGUAACUUAUUGUGCACCAUCACUGGCUUUGACUCCUUCUCAUUGCAACCAAAUGCUGGUGCUGCUGGAGAGUAUGCUGGACUUAUGGUUAUCCGUGCUUAUCAUAAAGCAAGAGGUGAUCACCACAGAAAUGUCUGCAUCAUACCUGUUUCUGCUCAUGGGACAAAUCCAGCUAGUGCAGCCAUGUGUGGGAUGAAAAUUGUUGCAGUUGGCACUGAUGCAAAGGGGAAUAUUAACAUAGAGGAGUUGAGAAAAGCUGCUGAAGCCAACCGGGACAACCUCUCUGCUCUAAUGGUUACAUAUCCUUCAACUCAUGGAGUCUAUGAAGAGGGCAUUGAUGAGAUUUGCAGAAUAAUUCAUGAAAAUGGGGGUCAAGUUUACAUGGAUGGUGCUAACAUGAAUGCUCAGGUUGGUCUAACAAGUCCAGGGUUUAUAGGAGCUGAUGUAUGCCAUCUUAAUCUACACAAAACCUUUUGUAUCCCACACGGAGGAGGUGGUCCUGGAAUGGGCCCGAUCGGUGUGAAGAAGCACUUGGCACCAUUUCUUCCAUCACAUCCAGUGGUUUCUACUGGUGGAAUACCAGCUCCUGAACAAUCUCAGCCUCUUGGUACCAUCUCUGCAGCACCAUGGGGAUCAGCCCUGAUAUUACCCAUUUCCUAUACAUACAUUGCAAUGAUGGGAUCCAAGGGACUUACUGAAGCUUCAAAACUUGCUAUUUUGAAUGCAAACUACAUGGCUAAGCGUUUGGAGAAUCAUUAUCCAGUACUUUUCUGGGGUGUGAAUGGCACAUGUGCUCAUGAAUUUAUUAUUGACCUGAGGGGCUUCAAGAACACCGCUGGGAUUGAACCUGAAGAUGUUGCAAAGCGUCUUAUGGACUAUGGAUUCCAUGCACCCACAAUGUCAUGGCCUGUUCCAGGAACACUGAUGAUUGAACCCACAGAGAGUGAGAGCAAGGCUGAGCUAGACAGGUUCUGUGAUACUCUUAUAUCAAUCAGGCAAGAAAUAGCACUGAUUGAAAAUGGGAAAGCAGAUAUCCAUAACAAUGUGCUUAAGGGUGCUCCUCAUCCACCUUCUUUGGUUAUGGCAGACGAGUGGACAAAACCAUACUCGAGGGAGUAUGCUGCAUUCCCGGCAGCUUGGCUUCGGACUGCCAAGUUCUGGCCAACAACAGGGCGUGUGGACAAUGUAUAUGGUGAUCGAAACCUUAUCUGCACCCUUCUUCCUGCAUCCCAGGUUGAUGAAGAACAGGCUGCUGCUGCAUGAGCUUGAUUUGUUAAAUAGACAUUUCAUGGAACUCAUGCUAUCUUGUACAUAAACAUUCUGCUAGCUUCUAUUGAUUAUGGUAUUUUAUCAGCAUUUUCCUGUUGAUUACAUUCAGCCCGGUUACUGCUGUAACCUGGGUGACGUCAUUUCUCAUUGAUCACAUCAUCAAUUUAUUCUUACUUUCUUCC